ACUUCAUUCCUACAGUAUAUGUGGAUAUGGCAAGCGUACACCACUUUUUCAAACAAAAGACCGUUUUAGUUACUGGAUCCACCGGCUUCUUAGCAAAAGUUUUUGUAGAGAAGUUAUUAAGGAUUCAAUCAGAUGUGAAGAAAGUGUAUCUUCUUAUCAGAGCAUCAGAUGAUAAUGCAGCCGCAAAACGUUUCUGUGAUGAUAUCAUAGGAAAGGAUUUGUUCAGGGUUCUACGAGAUGAGAUGGGAGAAGAUUUUGAUUCUUACAUAUCAGAAAAGGUAGCUGCAGUUGCAGGUGACGUUUCUGCUGGAAACUUGGGACUUAAUGAUGAAAACCUUGAAAAGCUGUUGGGAGAAAUACAAGUUAUUGUGAACUCAGCUGCAGUUACCCAAUUUGAUGAAAGAUUUGACGUUGCAAUGAAUGUUAACACGAUGGGCGCUCUGAAUGUCUUAAACUUCGCAAAGAGGUGUCAAAAGAUACAAGUUCUUCUCCACGUAUCAACUGCAUAUGUGUGUGGGGAGGCUAAGGACAAAGAAGUAGUAAUACGGGAAGAACCCUUUAAGAUGGGACAUGCCUUGAAGAAGGUUGCAGAAUUAGACAUUCACGCGGAACUCGGUUUUAUGAAGAAAAGAAUGCAACAGCUCGAAGAGGAGAAUGCUGAUGCAAAGGCCAUCUCAGCUGCAAUGAAAGAUUAUGGACUUAAGAGGGCAAACUUAUAUGGAUGGCCAAACACUUACGUAUUUACAAAAGCAAUGGGAGAAAUGUUUCUGUCACAUCUCAAGGAUCCGAUUCCGCUAGUCAUCCUACGCCCAACCAUGGUGACCAGUACCUACAAAGAACCCUUUCCUGGCUGGAUUGAAGGUUUCAGAACAGUGGAUGCCGUAAUCGGUGGCUAUGGCAAAGGAAAAUUAACUUGCUUUCUGGGUAAUCCUAAGACAAUUUUAGACUUGAAUAACCCACUGACCACCAAAAAUGGAAAGCCUUUGAUGAUUCGAUCCAAGGCAACAUUAGCAAGCAACGCUCAUUUCCAUAUGUAUUUGCUGAUUCAAUAUCUGCUACCACUCACGGGAUUAAAUUUAGCGAACAAAGUGCUUUGCGGAGGCUUCCAAGAUGCUUACAAUGGCAACCACAGGAAAAUCAAAAUGCUGACACGAAUGGCUGAGCUUUACAAACCUUACGUCUUUUUCAAGGCUACCUUCGACGACAGCAACACAGAAAAGCUGCGGAAGGCAACAACGGGGUGGGAGGGCGUUGGAAGUAUUGAUUGGAGUGAGUACCUGAUGAGCGUCCACAUUCCUGGCCUCGUCAAGUAUGCAAUUAAAUAA